GGGCAUGGUACAGAUUGGAUGCGCUGUGCCGUAGGUGAGAUGGCAGUGCAGACUGAGAUGCAUCCAGAUGCGUAUACAUAUCCUAUUCAAGACGCAGCGAAGGCGGAGGUCCAUGCAAGGUAUGUUCCGCAAGGGGAGCAAGAUGGACAGUUGCCAUUGAGUCCCGGCGAGAUCGUUUGGGUACUGGAAGAAUCAUCUGAUGGUUGGUGCGGUGGGCACAAGGAGGGAGACUUGCAGACUGGUUGGUUUCCAGCAUCAGCAAUCCACAAGAUUCCAAGAGGAGAUUGUAUGGAUGACGAGGAAGACGACAGGAAGAAUUCGGCGCUCUACACCAGCGAUCAUCGCGCCGUUGCAUCUCCCCAGGCAAAGCAUCGGAAAGUCUCAGCCCAAGCUGAGUUGGCAGAGACGAAACAGCGACUGGCAGCUGUAGAAGCUGAGCGCUUCCGACUCGAUGACCAGUUCAAGGCCCUCCAGAAAGCUCACAGCGAGUCAGAGAAUGACCGUCAGCGUUUGAUGAAGCAGUGCGAAGAAUGGAAGAACAAGGCUCAGUCUUUGCAGGAUGAGUGCAAACGCAAGGAGGAUGAAUUGCGUGUGCAGAAGGAUUACCAGAGGCAAGCUGAGGAACAAUACCGCACUGAGAAGAAACGAACCAUGAGUCUGGAGGAAAAGCUGAAACAGCUGGAAGAUCACCGCCAAAAGCUGGAGGCAAACCUCAAGAGUCGCUCUGAUGCCAGAGACGAUAGCGGAAUCAGCAAGACAACCUCAGGCAUUUCACGCUGUGACGGACAUCGUACACCUUCUGUCCCCCACACUGUUUCGGGCGUGCUAUCUGGAAGUUUGCAGGCUCCUCCAGCCCCUGCUGCCAUCGCCGCAGCGAGCGCUUCAAUGACAACAAUUGCCCAGGUGUCUCCAUCCCCGCUCUCAGCAAGGCAACCCCCAUCCGGUUUGGGCUCUAGACAUGCGUCUCCAAGGCACGGUGCGACUUCCUACAUGCCUCCAGUGCUCACAUCAUCCGGGGGACUUCCAGCAUCGCCGCAACUGCGGCAGCGAGUGCCAAGUCAGCGCGACUUGACAGUGGAUUCCAUAUCACAUGCUCCGGCUGUGGCAAAUUUAGUUUCUCAAUUUGAGAAGAGAAGCACCAGCCACGGAGCUCCAACCACGAGGGAGACUGCCACCAACUUCCUUUACAGGACCACCGCGUCAAGCCCUUCCUGCACUGUGCGACAUGCAGCGCAUGCUACGCAUGCCACACAUCCGCAUGCUGCCCAUGCUGCGCAUGCCAUACAAACGGUUCCCGUUGUCUCUGGUCACAUGGCAUUGACCUCGUCAACUGUGCGUGCUGGAUCACGGGAUGCACCGAUCCACGUUGCCAGAACCCACACCCGUGUGGUGACACCCAGCAGCUCUCGGACUGCCUUUCAGGUCGAAGACCCUGAGACUCCAGGUUCUUCUCAUGUGACCCAUAUCGAGGAUCUGUCCCCCUUCAAGCGCCAGCCGUGUACUAUCACACGAGGAACUGGACAGAUGCAACAUUCUCCUCCCCCGCGGACAAACUCGGUGCAGGUGUGGUGAAGCUGGGAGAUCUGCGGUGUGCAGGGCCUGUUCGACAAAGAAGUUGGAGGGCGAGUUGCAUACACUACACUCUGCAUGCCUGAGCUGCAGAGUGGGGGGAGCGCGUGUGAGUAGCUGAAGCUCUUAAGAGCCGGUUGCCCCGGUGCGUGCCUCCAUGCCUGGUAGCUUUCUUGGUAGCUAUCCAGCUUGGGGUGUGUGUGGGCAGAACUUGGGGAAACACA